AUGCCACAACAUAGUAUCCAAGUAUGCGAGGUGUUCGAUGUGUGGGGAAUUGAUUUCAUGGGACCAUUUCCCAUGUCUAAAGGAAACAAAUACAUACUAGUGGCGGUGGAUUACGUAUCUAAGUGGGCGGAAGCACAAGCAUUACCAACAAAUGACGGACGGGUGGUAGUACGGUUUUUAAAGAAACUGUUUUCACGAUUUGGAGUCCCGAAAGCCCUUAUAAGUGACCGAGGCACACACUUUGCCAAUGAUCAAUUGGAAAAGGCGUUAAGGAAAUAUGGGGUCACCCAUAAGUUUUCCACAUCAUACCAUCCACAAACUAGUGGACAAACCGAAGUGACAAAUCGAGCCUUAAAGCGAAUUUUGGAGAAAUCGGUGGGGAGCAAUCGCAAGGAAUGGUUAGUUUAUGGAAAGCAACGUCAUUUACCGGUGGAGCUAGAACACAAGGCGUUUUGGGCUUUGAAGAGGUGUAAUUUUAACAUGGAGGAAUUAAAUAGCAACCGGUUAAUGCAAAUGAAUGCUCUUGAAGAACUAAGGAAUGAUGCAUACUCCAGUUCAUGGCUAUAUAAAGAGAAGACCAAGAUGUGGCAUGAGAAGAGGAUCAAAGAUAAACAAAUUCAUGAAGGCCAAAAAGUGUUGCUCUUCAACUCAAGACUAAAGCUUUUCUCGGGAAAACUCAAGUCAAGGUGGGAUGGGCCUUUUGUAGUGAAGACGGUGUUUCCACAUGGUGCUAUAGAGCUAUUAUCAAGAGAUGGCACACCUUUCAAGGUCAAUGGUCAUAAGGUUAAAAAAUAUGAAGAAGGAGUCCCCCGGAAUGAAGGAAUGGAAGAGCUGUUGUUGCUGGAAAAGAUUGCAGCCAUGUAG